UACUUACUAAAGCAGGAACACAUCUUCUGUCUUCCUAAAGUUGACUAUCAUAGUUCCAUUGUAGGGUGUACAUUCCUGAUAGCCGUCGCCAUGGAUACAUCUGGUUUCAACUUGACCAUAGGAAAUGAUACGGGUGCCAGCGUAACUCCGAGUGCAAACGACACGGACGUUAGCAUUUUCACGACGGGAUUGGUUCCAUGCGGUCAAAUCCCCGUUCCGAUGGCUCCAAAAGGCGCAUCUUACGUAGCUAGCGUCUCGUUGCUGGUCCAGCUGGUUAUGCUAGCGAUCGCCCUUUUGGUGGGUCACGGUCUCAGAAGAAAGAAGAUUGUUAUAAUUCCCGAAGCGGGCGCGGCAUUAGCUUUUGGAGUAAUAGUGGGAUUGGUUGUGAAAUUCCUUCGACAUGGGUCGGAAUUCAGAGAAUGGAUAAACUUCAACAACAACUUCUUCUUCUAUUUCCUGCUGCCGCCGAUUAUAUUAUAUCCUUUCACGUCCCCUCCUCUCUUCUUCGUCUGUAGCCCCUAGAUUUGUUCGUUUUCCAUCUCCCUCCCCACUUAUCCUCCUCCUUUCUUCGGCCUGCUCCGUCAACUUACGCACGCAUGUUCUUCCCGUCCUUUCUUAGGCUCCACUUUUUCUUCCAUCGCUUCAUAUGUCCACCAUUUUCUGAAUUGUGAUUGCAUAAAACCAGUUUUCCUUAACCGUCUUUUUUUCCUUUCCACUGAGUCGGGAUGGAGCUUGAAAGCGAAAACAUUCUUUGGCAACUUUGGAGCGAUUUGUACCUUCGCCUUUGCUGGCACGCUCAUAUCAACAUUGGUUGUGGGCUGCUUCAUGUAUUUUGUUGGACUGCUACAUGCUGCUCACGCUAUGCCUAUCAUGGUGUGCCUUACAUUUGGCGCUUUGAUAUCAGCAACUGAUCCUGUAUCAGUGCUUGCCGUUUUCCAGGAAUUGGGUGUAGACCGCACACUUUACGCCCAAGUUUUUGGAGAAUCCGUACUGAAUGAUGCGGUUGCAAUAGUACUUUACAGGACCUUGUUGUCAUUUGUGACGACCAAGGUUGACGGCAGGGGAAUAUGGUUUGCGAUCUCAUUUUUCCUUGCUAAUUUCAUUGGCUCAUUCUCAAUCGGAGUCAUCUUGGGGUUGUUGAGUGCCCUUGUCUUCAAGCAUUGUGGUUUCGAAGAUGACGGUCUCGCUCUGCUUCAAUCCUGCCUGCUUUCCCUGUUCCCCUACAUGGCAUACAUGCUUGCUGAUGCUUUCGAACUGUCUGGAAUUGUGUCCAUCCUCUUUGCGGGAAUGACAAUGAGAUACUACACGGCUCCUCAUCUUAAUGAGAAAGCACUGGCCACAACAAGCAGCUUCUUCUCCAUCCUCGCAAAGUUAUCUGAAACCUUUGUUUUCAUAUACAUGGGAGUUGCUGUAUUCUUGGAAAAACAAAGCUGGAGAAGCUACAGCUUUACACUAUAUGCUAUUUGUUUGCUAAUUGUGACAUUCUCCUGCAGGGUUUUCAACAUUUAUCCUCUUGCAUACAUCGUCAAUGCCUUUCGUCAGAAACAGAACAGAAUACCCAUGAAUCAUCAGCAUGCCUUGUGGUUCAGCGGGCUUCGUGGAGCCAUGGCCUUUGCACUCGCUUUACAGUCUAUUACAGAUCUUCCUGAGGACUAUGGUCGUGUAAUCUUGACUUCAACGUUGCUGACAAUUGCAUUCACUGUAUUGUUUAUUGGUGGCGCGACAUCCCACAUGCUUUCAUGGCUGAAGAUUGAAUGCAGCGGGCCAAUAGAGCAUAACGAUCAGGAUCCACAAGAUGGCGGGGAAAUCAUGUUAACUCAAACACCUGACAAACCCCAGAGCAAUUUGAAGAAGAAAUUUCAGCAGCUGAAGGAUAAGGCUAGUUUCGCUUCUCUCGACAAGAACUUUUUGACCCCAAUAUUUGCAACACCAUCUCGCUCACAUCUGCGGCUUGCGGAGCUCGAUCAAAACAGUACGCCUCCUCAAGCACACCGCCCAUCCACUUCUUCAGCUGAUGGCACAGAAAGGAGGGCUAUGGAGAAUGAGCUCUUUCCUGUGGAUGAAUUGUUUCCGACUACUGAUGAUACCGGUAGUGUGACAGUUCCAUUGGCCACUGCUCUUUCGUUGCCCGUGGAGGGAGGUCACCUCAGUCGGCGUGCAAGUGCCAACAGUCAGCAAGGGGGAUGACUUGCGUGAUGUGCUUGGUUGGGAGUUGAGAUGACUUCAAAAUCGUGUACAGAUUAGUGUUGCUGGCUAUAGCAUGAUCAUUAU